AUGGCCCCAGAUACUGUCGGCAUCUUCCGCAAGAAUGGAGUGAAGUCAAGAAUUCUUGAAGUUCGAAUGCUUUGCGAUCGUGAUGCCGAAGCUGAUGUGUUCGUGGACGAGAACAGACUUGACCCUGGCCAGGUUCAUGAUGUGGCUGAUACGCUGAAACAGUAUCUCAGGGAAUUGCCGGAGCCACUGAUGACCACUCGGCUAUCGGAGACGUUUGCGAAUAUUUUUAUACAUGUCCCGGAAAAUGAAAGGUCAGUAGAAUGACA